AUGCUGCACGGUCUGCCAAUCAAGGAAUUCCUUCUGCUAUGGAUAGUUGUGCUUUCCUCAGCUUUGGCAAUCACAUCACUCUUUCCUUUCAUUUAUUUCAUGAUAAGGGAUUUUCACAUUGCAAAACGUGAAGAGGAUAUAGGUUUCUAUGCUGGUUUUAUAGGGGCCUCUUAUAUGCUUGGAAGAGCUUUGACAUCUAUUAUGUGGGGAACCAUUGCCGACAGAUUUGGUCGGAAACCUGUGAUAAUUAUAGGCACUGCCUCAGUAGUUGUUUUCAACACUCUAUUUGGGCUUAGUACAAACUUAUGGAUGGCCAUUUCCACGAGGUUCCUUCUUGGAAGUUUGAACGGUGUACUAGGACCAAUAAAGGCAUAUGCAUCUGAAAUAGUCAAAGAAGAAUACCAAGCUCUUGCAAUGUCAGCUGUUGGUACAGCCUGGGGUGCGGGAUUAAUCAUCGGGCCAGCUUUAGGAGGAUUUCUUGCGCAGCCCGCAGAGAAAUUUCCUGCUGUAUUUUCGACGGGUUCUCUAUUUGGAAGAUUCCCAUACUUCUUACCCUGCCUGAUAAUAUCACUCUUUGCAUUUAUUGUGGCUAUUGCUUGUUUUUGGAUUCAUGAAACUUUGCACACACACAAGUCAAAGAAGUUAUCAUCUGCUCUGGAGUCUGCAUCUCCAGGGUCAAGUGAUGAAGCGGACAUGAACGAAGGAAGUUCCAAUGAAAGCCUAAUCAAGAACUGGCCCUUGAUGUCAUCCAUCAUAGCAUAUUGUGUUUUUUCAAUUCAUGAUUUGGCUUACACUGAGAUAUUCUCAUUGUGGGCAGAGAGUCCCAGAAGGCUUGGAGGGUUGAGUUAUUCAACUCAGGAUGUUGGUUUAGUUCUUGCAAUCUCAGGUUUUGGCCUUUUAGUCUUCCAAACUUUGUUAUACCCAGUUGCAGAGAAAAUUAUUGGACCUAUAAUGAUUCUGUCAAUACCAUUAUUAACAAGUUACCACUAUAUAGCCAUGCUAUCUGGCAUCACCUUGUCGAUAGUGUUAAAUUGCGCAUCUCUGGUGAAGAACAUUCUAGCUACCUCCAUUGAAACAGGGUUGUUCAUAUUGCAAAAUAGAGCUGUGGAACAACACCAAAGAGGAGCUGCCAAUGGUUUAGCCACGAUGUUGAUGUCACUUGGCAAAGCUGCAGGUCCAGCAUCGGGAGGAAUACUCUUUUCCUGGUCAGAGAAGCGUCAGGAUGCUGACUUCCUUCCAGGUGACCAAAUGGUGUUCUUUAUCUUGAACAUAAUUGAGCUAAUCGGAGUGUUGAUGAUAUUCAAGCCGUUUUCAGUUCAACGGAGACAAUGA